ACACUAGAAUUUCGUCUCUGCUAUUGCCAAUUUUCUCCUUAAACCCCCCGACAAUCCUGUUGACCGCCCAAACCCCUAAACCCCUUCUAAAUAAUGCGGCCCCUUCUAUCGGCCAUCCGGCAUCACCACCGUCUCACCUCAGCUGUCCUCCAUGUUCGCCACUACAAAGCGCCAAAGCAGCCUAUGCCACCAGCCCCACCAAAACCUCCAAAACCGCCGCAGAGACCCCAAUCCUUCACGUUCCACGACGCGGUAUGGGAGGAUCCGUACAGCUGGAUGUCGAGCUUGAACGACAAGGUGGCGAUGCGCCAUAUGGACGUGUAUAUGGAGCAAGAAGAGAAGUACACGGAAGCCGUAAUGUCUGACACUGAGAAGCUUCAAAGUAAGCUUCAGUCUGAAAUGGCGCCAAGAAUGCAAUUUGACCUCUCCACUCCUCCCAUUCGCUGGGGACCAUGGUUAUACUAUCGAAGAGUUGAAGAAGGGAUGCAGUAUCCAGUGCUUUGUCGGAGAUUGUUGAGCUUAAAUGAAGAAUUCAUUUCCAGCAAAUCUCCUGCUGGCGGAUUUGAUUUUACCUCUGGGAAAAGAAUUGAGCAGAAACUGCUUGAUUACAAUCAAGAAGCAGAGAGAUUUGGAGGCUAUGCAUAUGAAGAAUUGUCGGAAGUGUCACCUGAUCAUCGGUUUCUCGCAUAUACUAUGUAUGAUAAGGACAACGACUGGUUUAAGUUAUCUGUAAGGAAUCUGAAUUCUGGUGCAUUGUGUAGUAAGCCUCAAGCCGAUAGGGUUUCAAAUUUGGCUUGGGCGAAGGAUGGUCAGGCAUUGCUUUAUGUUGUUACUGAUCAAUAUAAGAGGCCCUGUCGGAUAUAUUGUAGCAUGAUUGGAUCAACUGAUGAUGAUGCUUUGCUUUUAGAUGAACCAAAUGACAACGUUUUUGUGAACAUUAGACACACAAAGGAUUUUCACUUUGUGACUGUCAAUGUCUUUUCUACAACAUUUUCAAAGGUAUUUCUGAUAAAUGCAGCUGAUCCAUUAUCUGGUAUGACAUUAGUUUGGGAGUGUGAGGGUCUAGCCCACUGCGUGGUUGAACAUCAUCAAGGGUACCUUUAUUUAUUUACUGAUGCUGCCAGGGAUGGCCAGUUGGUUGAUCACCAUUAUCUUCUAUGUAGUCCUAUUCAUUCUUCUUCCAGUCCGAGGAAAUGGGAGAGUAUAUUCAAUGAUGACCAAGAUUUGAUUGUUGAGGAUGUUGAUUUUUGCUACACACACUUGGCACUAAUUAUAAGGGAAGGUUUGAGCUUUAGACUUUGUUCGGUUCCUUUACCUUUGCCUUCUGGGAAGAAAGGAUUUAAUCUAGAAGAGCUUAACCCCAGAUUUCUUCCUCUUCCGAAAUAUGUUUCUCAAAUCUCAGCUGGACCGAAUUAUGAUUACAAGUCAUCAACCAUGCGCUUUACAGUAUCAUCACCUGUGAUGCCAGAUGCUGUAGUUGAUUACGACCUAUCAAAUGGCAAGUGGAAUAUCAUUCAACAACAAAAUAUGCUUUAUGAAAGAACUAGAAUUUUGUAUGGCACUGCCUCUUCUACGAGUGUUGCCAAUAAAUCCUCGAAUAAUGUGAAUUUUAGAUCUUCUAGUGAAGUGAGAUCUGGAAAUGAUAACUUGUGGAAUGACCUUACUGAGUUUUAUGCUUGUGAACAUUAUGAUGUCUCAUCUCACGAUGGAGUUUCAGUUCCUCUAACUAUCAUAUAUUCACACAAACACAAAUGUGCAAAUCAAAACCCCGGGUUGCUUCAUGGGCAUGGAGCUUAUGGUGAGUUACUUGAAAAACGAUGGCGUAGUGAGUUGAAAAGCCUUCUUGAUCGUGGUUGGGUUAUUGCAUACGCCGAUGUUAGAGGAGGAGGCGGUCAAGGUAAGAAGUGGCAUCACAAUGGCAGGCGUACGAAGAAACUUAAUACCAUACAAGAUUAUCUUUCCUGUGCCAAAUUUCUUAUUGAAAAUGAAAUCGUGCAAGAUAAAAAGCUUGCAGGCUGGGGGUAUAGUGCUGGUGGACUUUUGGUUGCUUCUGCCAUCAACUGUUGCCCAUAUUUAUUUCGUGCUGCAGUUUUGAAGGUUCCCUUUCUGGAUCCGACCAACACCCUUCUCUAUCCUGUUUUACCACUUACUGCAGCUGACUUUGAAGAGUUUGGAUACCCUGGGGACAUUGAUGAAUUUCAUGCCAUACGGGAAUUGUCUCCAUAUGAAAAUGUUCAGAAAGAUGUUCUAUACCCUGCUGUAUUGAUAACUUCAUCUUUUAAUACACGUUUUGGAGUUUGGGAAGCGGCAAAAUGGGUUGCUCGAGUUCGUGAACGUACUAUUCAUGAUCCCAACCGACCGAUACUGCUUAAUUUAACAACAGAUAUUGUGGAGGAGAACAGAUACUUGCUGUGCAAGGAGUCAGCGCUGGAAACUGCAUUUCUCAUAAAAAUGAUGGAAUCAUGAGUUUGAUUUUAUUAGUUCCACCGCAACAUCCAAUCUUUGAAUCUAUCUGAUUUUUAUGACAGGCAAGGAAGUGGGAAUUCAUCUUUGCAAAGAGCAAUCUUUAAGAUCCGAAUCAACCUUUAAUUGCCAACCAGGAUCCAAUCAGGAGCUAUAGCACUGGCAUUUCUUCUCCCACUUAAAUUUUAUUAUAUAUAUCUAUAUAUAUAUAUAUAUAUGUGGGGACUAGGAAUCAACUUUGUGAGACUGGCUGAUCUGGCGUAUUUUUAAUGAAUUAACUUGCUAAAGCGGCCAAUGGAAUCAGGACAGAAAAACUUAAGAUUAUAUUCGAAAAUCAGACGUCCAGUUGCUGGUGGGUUGCUUUCAUAUAUUGAGAUUGUAAGUUUAACGUUUGUAUAUAUAUCAAUCUAAUCCCUUAUUAUAAAACUUGAUAAAAGUCAAAUUUAA